UCCUUUCCUCCUCAUGGAAACUUUGGAAAUGGAGUGAUUGAAAAAAAUAAAGGGGGAGUGGCAAGAGAGGAAAGGAGAGGACCACCAGAGGGGAAACUUUUACAGAGAGGCUGAUUCAGAGGACCGUGAUAUACACAAACUAAGGGACCCUGUUCAGAUGGCGUACUUGCUGAUGUUUGUGACCCUGCUGCAUCUAAUCACCUUGGCCAUGCUCUUCAUUGCCACCAUGGAGAAGUCCUGGUGGGUAUGGGAUGGGAUGGAGAACUCAGAUCUCUGGUAUAACUGUCGAUUUGACAAUGACACUGGAACCUGGUUGUGUGCCUCCUCCAAGGAGACUGAGUGGCUCCAAUCAGUCCAGGUGUUGAUGGUGCUGUCUGUGGUCUUCUCUUCGGUUUCCUUUCUGGUUUUCCUUGGGCAGCUCUUCACAAUGUCCAAAGGGGGGCUAUUCUACUUCACCGGGUUAUGUCAAAUCUUUGCAGGUCUCACUGCAUUUGCGGCUGCUCUCAUCUACACGUUGCACAACCAAGAGAUCCUCCAGGACUCACGAAAGCUGACCGAGGGACAUUUUGGCUACUGUUUUAUACUGGCCUGGGUGUGUGUGCCGCUGCUACUCAUCAGUGGAGUCAUGUACAUCCACCUACGUAAGAAAGAGUGACCAUGGAAGAGAGGUGAAUACUGAGCACAAACAGAAAAGCAUAGUUGUUGACAUUGAGCUAUAAUAAUAUCAGAGGUGAUGGAGCUCAAUCACAUGAGUACAGAUCUGUCUCUGUUACUUUGUUUGGUAUUUAGAAGCAGCUAUUUCUGGUCAAUCCAAAUAUUGAUUGGAUCUCGGAUAAAAGCGAAUCUGGUGAAGCUUUUAAAUAUAGCAUGUUUAGUAGCCUAUAGAGCAUCGGUAUACAGUGCUACAGGCAAUUAUAUAUAUUUUUCCUAUUUCCAAAAUAUCUAUGUCUGAAAAUGUCUGAAAGCUCCAAGUCAGUAUUUAUUGUAAUUCUGGGUGACUUAUGAAGCCAAUGAUGACAACUGCCAAAGAAGUGUUGCUGAUAUAUUGCAGAAUCAAGCUUGUUUUGAUUUGAAAUGUAUGUAUAUGAAUAGGGAAAUAUAUUUUUGUACUUGCAAUAUGUAGUCCUAUCAGCUAGAGCUGCUCUAACUUUCCUAAAUAAAACACAUAGAAUAUG